AGCGCUGGAAACGGCACGGGCCCCUCCGUCCCCCAAACCCCCAAACUGAGACACCUGAAGAGGAUUGCGCCCAGCCUCCUGUCCCUCAACUCCGUGGCCUCCUCCGUCUUCGAAUCAAAUGAGGACUACAGUGGUACCGGAUUGCUGCUUGGUGAGAUCAACAUCUCCAUACGAUACGCCUCAUUACGGCGCUGCCUCAUCGUGUCUGUCAAUGGCUGCAGGAACCUGAUCCAGUGCUCCAAUCACGGCGCAGAUCCCUACGUCCGAAUUUAUCUUCUGCCGGACAGGAGGUGGGCGAGCCGCAAAAAGACCUCCGUGAAAAGGAAGACCCUCCAUCCCAUAUACAACGAGAGGUUCGAGUUUCUGGUU